UCAUGGCGUCACUUCCCGUACCAAUUGGCAGUUGCUGUUGCCGGAGCGCCAUGUUGGUUCAAACAAAAGAUACAACUUCAUUGCCUUCAUAACAGGCUGGAACGCAAUGGCGGAAUAUAACCUGCUUCUCAGCUUCUCAUAAGCCGGAGAUUUUCAUAAUGCCUUUUCCAAUUACCAGUCAGGUGCAAACAGCCCAGCAUACCCCAAAGCAUUAUGGGAUCACAUCUCCUAUCAGCUUGGCACUACCUAAAGAAGCCGAUCUGGUUCUCACACGGAAGCUGACCGAGACGCUCCGACCUUUCGGCGUCUUUGAGGAGGAGCUGGAGCUGCAGCGGAGAAUCCUAGUGCUUGGGAAGCUAAAUACGUUGGUUAAGGUGUGGAUCCGUGAAGUCAGUGAAGUUAAGAAUAUUCCAGCAUCAGUGAUUGAUAGUGUUGGUGGAAAAAUCUUCACGUUUGGAUCCUACAGACUUGGAGUUCAUACCAAGGGUGCUGAUAUUGAUGCUCUCUGCGUUGCGCCCCGUCAUGUGGAGAGAUCAGACUUCUUCUCCUCGUUCUAUGAGAAAUUAAAGGAGCAGGAGGAAGUCAAAGACCUGAGGGCGGUGGAGGAAGCGUUUGUACCAGUGAUAAAGCUGUCUUUUGAUGGCAUUGAGAUUGACAUACUAUUUGCCCGACUGGCAUUACAAGCCAUUCCAGAGAACCUGGAUUUGCGAGGUGAUGGCUUACUAAAGAACCUUGACAUUCGCUGCAUCCGGAGUUUGAAUGGUUGCAGAGUUACUGAUGAAAUUCUUCACCUGGUGCCCAACAUAGAGAAUUUCAGACUGACUCUAAGAGCGGUCAAACUGUGGGCCAAACGUCAUAAUAUCUACUCAAAUAUCCUGGGUUUUCUGGGGGGCGUAUCGUGGGCCAUGUUGGUUGCAAGAACCUGCCAACUCUACCCCAAUGCUGUGGCAUCCACACUGGUCCAUAAGUUCUUCUUGGUUUUCUCAAAGUGGGAAUGGCCAAACCCAGUCCUUCUGAAGCAGCCUGAAGACUGUAAUCUCAACCUCCCAGUCUGGGAUCCCAGGGUAACCCCCAGUGACCGGUACCACCUCAUGCCAAUCAUCACACCAGCUUACCCUCAACAAAACUCCACUUACAAUGUGUCCGCCUCUACUCGGGCCAUCAUGGUGGAAGAGUUCAAGCGGGGUCUUGCAAUCACGGAUGAAAUAUUGCAGAAUAAAGCAGAUUGGUCCAAACUAUUUGAAGCACCAAACUUCUUUCAGAAAUACAAGCAUUAUAUAGUGUUGCUAGCAAGUGCACAGGCAGAGAAGCAGCACUUGGAGUGGGUGGGCCUCGUGGAAUCCAAGAUCCGAAUCCUGGUGGGAAACCUGGAGAAGAAUGAGUUUAUCACACUCGCUCAUGUGAAUCCACAGUCAUUCCCAGGACCAAAAGAGGGAACUGACAAGGAGGAGUUCAGCACAAUGUGGGUAAUAGGUAUUGUGUUCAAAAAAAUGGAGGGAUCAGAAAAUCUUAACGUGGACCUGACGUUUGACAUCCAGACCUUCACAGACACGGUUUACCGGCAGGCAAUCUCUAGUAAAAUGUUUGAGCAAGAUAUGAAAAUCACAGCCAUGCAUGUGAAGAGGAAACAACUACAACAACUACUGCCCAAAAUCGCCAUUCAGAGGAGCAAGAGAAAGCUUUCAUCUGAUGGUCUUCGUGCGAUGAAUGAUGGCAGUCUCGACCUAUCAGUUGACAGUGACAACAGCAUGUCAGUGCCGUCCCCCACAGGCCCUUCGGCUGCCAAGGUCGCCCGUGCCUCCAGCCCUCAGGGCUUCACUGGGACUGCCACAAACACCUCAGAUUUGCAGGACAAAACGGACACUUCAAAAGGAAGCACGCUCCUGGCAGGUGUGGAUGCCACUAAGCCAGAUAACGUUGGGACUUCCAUUCAGCAUGACUCUGAGAAGAAAGCCAAAGUGGACAGUGUACAACAGAGCCCUCAUCCCAGUCCAUGUUUAUCUGUUGGCCCUGCCAUAAAAAGACCCGCCUCACCCCUUGAGAAUGAGCUGUCCAAGAAAGCCAAAGUAGAGGAGCUCUCAACCCCAGAAGCAAAGUCCUCAGAUGAAACUGAUGGCCAUGUAGCUGUGGAUCCAGCGCCAAGCACUGAAGUGAUUCCUUCAGAGGGUGACUCUAAAACAGAGACAGAAUUAACGGUGGUGGACACAGCAGAGGAGAUACCGCCUGCCCAGAAAACUUCUAACACUGAUCUGUCUGAUGUCCCGAUCCUCCCAGCCAACCCCAUCCCUGUGGUCAAGAACUCUAUCAAGCUGAGACUCAGCAGGUAGAACCGGCUCAAUCUUUGGCCAGUCUCGUACUCAGGAGGUGAAAGUCCCUUCGUUUCCUGCCCAUGUGCAACACGGCUCUCCACAAGGGGGCAGCUCUGUUCUUCCACAAACUUCCCUGUGCCCUCUCCCUCUCUCCCUCUCUCUCUCCCUCUCUCCCUACAAUGCAAAAAAAAAAAGAGAUGUCAUACCCAAAAACCUCAAUGUGGUUUAAUGUGUUCGUGUGAUUUGGUGCACAUGCUUUGUAAAUCUUAUCACAUCCUUCUAUUUUGACCUGAAAGACAGUGACGCUUUAUGCAUUUUUUUUUUUUUUUUUUUUAACUUUGUUCUUUUUUCCUUUGUAAAUCAGUAAAGAGGCAUGUAAUUAUAUUCCAGGGUACAGUUGGUCCAUUGGAGACCAAUCCACCAUAUUGUACAGAGCUGAAGGUGUAGAUGAGCAUCAAAGCAUGCUCAGUAGGUGGAGAUGCACUGAAUCCGCGUGAACUAAUGACAGUACUAAUCUGACAUGGAAAAUGCACAGCAGAGGACAUAGCUAGCUCAUCCAGAUGAUUCUAGCUCACUAAUGCAGCUGUAAUUUAACCAAAUCAGUUUCAGAUUAGUGUAAACACCAUCGUUUUGCUCCGCCGUCUUAGCAGGGCAUUAAUUAUGGGUGUUAUUAGGAGUGGAAUAGCUCGUAUUCCCAGCAUGCUCUGAUUCGUGCUCUGAGGAGACCAGUGCUGGCCGUUCAUUUAGGAUUGUUUUACCAUGUGUGUGUGUAUAUAUAUGAAUAUAUAUAUAUAUAUAUUCAUUCAUUAAAAUAGAGACAACAAUAUUGAAACUUUUUUUAUUUGCUUUGAACAGCUUAGUUUUCCUAUUAUAUGCUGGGAUUUUCCUAAUGUGGAAUCAAAGGUGCGUUUCGAAUGACUAUUGUGAUUAAACAUGGCAGGUCAUCUUGUCGCUGUUGACACGAUUUUGAGGAUGUGGAUGUGAAAAUAUAGAUUGAUUUUGAGUUUCAAACGAAUGAUGGUUUAUUGGGGCAGGAGAGUGAUUUUGUUCAUUUUUGAAAUCUGUACAAACUUUUCUUACUCUGUGUUUUGUGUUGCUGGUCUGUGUUGACUCUGUGGAUUCGUGUAACGGUAAAGCUGCCGCCCCAGGAACACUGUCGUCACAGCACAGAUUCACUCCUGUGAAACGCCUCCUAUGGCCUUGCAAUGUUCUUUCAGUUCUUUCAUACGCUUAUUUGUAAGGACAAGGUAUUGUACUUUUUCACAAAUAAAAGUCUACAUUGUUGCAAAGAGAAA